AUGUUUAAAAUAUUGAAAUAAUUUAAAAUUUUGAAAAUAGCGAUUCAACAGUAAGCAAAAUGUCGGUUUAUGAUUAUGCGCAAGAGAGAGAAUCAGCUCAAAAUAGUUUCAGAAACCUCAAAUCUAAUGUAAAGAGCACGAAAUUUGCUAGACUUAAAAUAAGUCCUGGCGCUCAUGCCAGGUGGGAAAAGAAAGCAAAUGCCAAACUCAGUGUCGAGUUUGAUUACAACUCUAUAAUGAAAUAAUGAGGUUGAGAAAGUUCAACAAUUCAAAGAUUCUGUCAAACUCUUGGAUUCUAAUAACCACACACAAGGUUUAGCCCACCAGAUCCAUCUGUGAUUCCGCACAUACGUCAAAGAGGAUAUUCAGGGUUAUAUUCGCAAUUUUGGAGCCAAUGAUGUCACCCAAGGGAGGGUCAAAGCCAUGCUAAAAGUAUUUUCAGACCAUAUGAUGACUAUUCUUUCCAAACUUGUUGAAGGAAUGAGCGCAACAUACUUGGGCUAUCUUUUUAAGAACGUGGAUUGCACCGAUAGUACUGCAAAGGACCCAUCGUUCCACGAUGGGUUCCUGAAACUAGCUGACCAAUGGAGUAAUCAAAAUCAGUUAUCGCCCAGAACUAUGGAUAUGUCAAUGAGCUCGAUUCAAUCAGCUAUUUCUAGAGAGAUCAUGUGAGCUCCAUUUGAUAUCACUACAAAAGAAAUACGAGUUCCUAAUGAAAUUAAAGAUAGUAAAUAUUUUUCAGAACCAUCAAAAAUUGGGACAAAUACUAGCGAGGAUGAAUGCCCUAAGACUGAGAAAAUGUAUCAAAGGCCUGAGUCUCGUAAUAAUGCAGAAUUGAAGUCUAAAAUUGCACAUCUUGUUCUUAAUGAUGACAAUAUGACCAAUAUUUCUUCAUCAAGAGAGAAAUGUAAUAAAUCACACAGGAGAUUGAAGAAUAAGCUGCCUAAGAACUCAAUAAAAGUGUUUAGCAAAGAAACUUCUUUAGACAAAAUGUCUCCUUCUCAGGAUACUUACCCCUGUAGUAUGAGUGCAGUGGGUCGUUGAAUCUCCACAAAGGCUUUUAAGAACCAUACAAUGUUGAGGAACAACUCUAGGGAGGAAACUGGUACGCCCAUUUUAUCAAUGAAGUCAACUACGCUAAAUCCUACGAGUUAUGAAUCAAAUAAAGAAAAUGAUUCUAAACUGAUCCUUGAACAGCAAAGGGCAAUGGCAAUGACUCCUUCUGUAGAGGAGCCUAAGCUUAAUCCUAGAAAAGAUGAAAAGAACCGGCAGAAAUUGUUCAACAAGUUUGCUAUCUCCAAAGCAGGAGCUAGCUCUCGAGUAAAAGGUAGGAACAAUGUCAAGAUUGGCUUUGCCUCAACCACAAAUCUCCGGAAGAAUAGCACAAUUGAGAUCAAGAAGAGGCAACUUUUUAAACAAAUUAACCUAAAGGGAUCUCCUAAAUAUGGUCAAGAGCCAAAGCUCAAGCUGGCUAGGAAGAAGCUAUAGAGAUUUAGCCAUAAAAGUUUUAUAAUCAAUUGAUUUAUUA